GCAAGCAGCAGAUAAGACACUAGUUCCCUAGAGAAGGCAACAAUUACUCUGGAGCCUUCCUGUAGUCAUGGGGAAAGAACAAGAUGAGAAGGAGGUUUAUGGGAAGCCUGUCAAAUAUGAUCCCACUUUCAGAGGCCCCAUCAAGAACAGGAGCUGCACUGAUGUGAUCUGUUGUGUCGUCUUCCUGGUGUUCAUUGCAGGCUACAUUGUUGUGGGGCUUGUGGCCUGGUUAUAUGGAGAUCCUCGCCAAGUUCUUUAUCCCAGGAACUCUACUGGGGCCUAUUGUGGGAUUGGAGAGAACAGAGAGAAGCCAUACCUCUAUUACUUCAAUAUCUUCAGCUGUAUCAUGGCUACUACUAUUAUUACAGCCACUAUGGAUGGACUUCAGUGCCGAACUACUCAGAUUUGUGUUUCUUCCUGCCCCAAAGAGUAUUGGACAGUGAAUCUUGAUCAGAUGUAUCAGCCUGUGAAGGACGUCUUCAAUUCAUCCCUGCAGUUUUGCCAGCCCAGUGUUGAUCCAGAAAUGGAUGUGAUUUCAAGUCUGAAUUUGGACCUCUGCCCUGCUUUCCUCCUCAUUUCUACUCCAGCUCUGGGCCGAUGUAUUCCUUCUGUCAAGUCUGCCUCUUCACUGAACACAACUAUUAUCAUUCAAAGCAUCGAUGGUCUCUUGGACACCCUUAAUGCCCGAGAAAUCAGCACCAAGAUUUUUGAAGAUAUUGCUCGGUCCUGGUACUGGAUCCUUAUUGCCCUGGCUAUCUCUGUGGCCUUGAGCUUAUUGUUUUUGCUGUUACUUCGCCUUGUGGCGGGCCCCCUGGUGUUGGUGCUGAUUUUGGGGGUGCUAGGGGUUCUCGCGUAUGGGAUCUACCACUGUUGGAAGGAAUACAAGACACUUCGGGAUGAAGGAGCCACCAUUUCCGAGGUGGGCUUUACCACCAACCUUUCUGCCUACCAAAGUGUGCAAGAGACCUGGCUAGCUGCUUUGAUUCUGAUUUCUGUGCUGGAGGGGAUCCUUCUGCUGCUUCUGAUCUUCCUCAGACAAAGGAUCUGGAUAGCCAUCGCUCUCCUCGAGGAAGCCAGCAAGGCUGUGGGGCAGAUGAUGUCCACCUUGUUCUUCCCGCUCCUGACGUUUGUCCUCCUGCUCAUCUCUGUGGCCUAUUGGGUCAUGACAGCUCUGUAUCUGGCCACAUCUGGACAACCUCAGUACGGAUGGUGGGCUCCCAAUGGCAGCGACCCAGGCUGUCAAGAUGUCAUCAAUAAAACAUGUAACCCCCUGGACAAAUUCUCCAGCCAACUCAAUUCCUCCAUCGCCAUGUGCCCAAAUCUAACUUGCCAGUUCCUAGGUUACUCCACUUCAGGGCCAGCCCAGCGUUCACUAUUUAAUCUGCAGAUCUAUGGGAUCCUAGGACUGUUUUGGACACUCAACUGGGUGCUGGCCUUAGGGCAAUGUGUCCUGGCUGGAGCCUUUGCUUCCUUCUACUGGGCCUUCAACAAGCCCCAGGAUAUCCCUUCCUGUCCCCUGACUGCUGCUUUCUUCAGGACUCUGCGUUACCACACAGGGUCCCUGGCCUUUGGAGCCUUGAUCUUGACUCUAGUCCAGAUAGUGAGGGUUGUCUUGGAGUACCUGGAUCACAAACUAAGAGGAGCCCAGAACUCCCUGAUCCGAUGUCUUAUGUGUUGUCUCAAAUGCUGCUUCUGGUGUCUGGAGAAAUUCCUCAAAUUCUUGAACCGAAAUGCAUACAUCAUGAUUGCUAUCUAUGGGAGGAAUUUCUGCAUCUCUGCUAAGAAUGCCUUCAUGCUGCUCAUGAGGAACGUUGUCAGGGUGGUCGUCCUAGAUAAAGUGACAGACUUGCUGCUUUUCUUUGGCAAAUUGCUCGUGGUUUCAGGAGUUGGCAUCCUUUCUUUCUUUUUCUUCACUGGCCGAAUCCCAGCCCUGAAGGAGGAAUUUGGUUCCCUUAACCUCAAUUACUACUGGCUCCCCAUCAUGGUCACCAUCCUUGGCGCUUAUGUCAUCGCUUCUGGCUUCUUCAGUGUCUUCAGCAUGUGUGUAGAUACUCUCUUCCUCUGUUUCUUGGAAGACCUGGAACGGAAUGACGGCUCCCUGGCCAAGCCCUACUACAUGUCCAAGAACCUCAUGAAGAUUCUGGGGAAGAAGAACGAGCGCCCCUCCCGGGAAAAGAGGAAAAAGGCGAAAUAACCAGACCCGGCCUAGGAAGCUUCUCACCUGGAUCUCAGUCCCCAUUUCCCGGCCCUCCCCUCACCCCUUCCCAAUUGCCCUGGUUUCCAGAUGGAGAUUUUAUAAUCCGCAGAUUUUAUUAAAAACCGAUUCCCCCCC